GACAGGCCCCCUUGGGUGGCUUCCACCUUGGCCGCCAUCCUCAUCUUCACCAUCGUGGUGGACCUCCUGGGCAACCUGCUGGUCAUCCUCUCCGUCUGCCGGAACAAGAAGUUGAGGAACGCGGGUAUCUUUUGAACCCCUUCCGGAUGGCCUAAGGCCACAUAGAAGACGCAUGGAACAUCUAGAGCAUUGGAAGUUCAGUUGUCCUCCAGCAAGACAUCUAAUAAAACACAGAUUCAGGAUCUGAUGAAAAAUGGAUGGACAGUGGGAUGGCAAUGAACAUUGCUAUUUCAAUCUUACAAAUAUCAGGUAGCAAAAAUGGAAACAUCUUUGUCGUCAGCCUAGCCGUUGCUGACCUGGUUGUGGCAGUCUACCCAUACCCGCUGGUCCUGACAUCUGUUUUUCGUAAGGGAUGGAAUCUGGGAUAUGCCCACUGCCAAAUCAGUGGCUUCCUUAUGGGCCUAAGUGUUAUUGGAUCCAUAUUCAACAUCACUGGAAUUGCUGUCAACCGAUAUUGCUACAUCUGUCACAGCCUCAAGUAUGACAAGUUGUACAGUGACAAGAACUCUUUGUGCUAUGUCAUUCUUAUCUGGGUCUUGACUUUUGUUGCGAUUGUGCCCAAUCUCUUUGUGGGAUCCCUUCAGUAUGACGACAGGAUCUACUCAUGUACCUUUUCCCAGUCAGUCAGCUCUGCAUAUACAAUAGCAGUUGUGUUUUUUCAUUUCAUGUUCCCGAUAGCCAUCGUUACAUUUUGCUACUUGAGGAUAUGGAUCCUUGUCAUUCAGGUACGAAGGAGAGUUAAACCUGACAACAACCCCAAACUAAAGCCGCAUGAUUUCAGGAACUUUGUCACCAUGUUUGUGGUCUUUGUGCUCUUUGCAGUCUGCUGGGCCCCUUUAAAUUUUAUAGGCCUUGCUGUGGCUGUCAAUCCAGAAACAGUAAUUCCCAGGAUUCCAGAGUGGUUGUUCGUUUCAAGUUACUAUCUGGCAUACUUCAAUAGCUGCCUUAAUGCUAUCAUUUAUGGACUUCUGAACCAGAAUUUCAGACGAGAAUACAAACGAAUUAUUCUGUCAAUUUGUACAGCGAAGUUUUCUUCCCAGGACAGCUCAAAUGAUGUUGUAGAGAGGAACAAAAGCAAACCCUCACCACUGGUCACAAACAACAAUUUGGUGAAGGUCGACUCUGUGUGAAAAGAGAAACACGGUUACCAUCGAUCCACAGAAAUAGUACUGUACAAUACAUAAAUGCGAAAUCUGCUCAUUUCAUCACUGUAAUGAAACACUCAUCCCCUUAAUGUACAAAUACACUUAGAUGAAGUUCUGUGUACAAUGUUUUGAGCCAAAGUAAGUGUUUUCACAUAAAGAUCUUUCUAUUGGACCCUAUGGAAUGUUG